ACGACGAAUAAGCCGCUGUUUGGUUCGACAGCAACAACUCUGCAGCAGCCGUCACUGUUCGGUGCAGCACCGCAGCAGCCCACAUUCGGCGCUUCCAAACGUUAG